GCGGACAGCAAUUUGCCGUUUGCGGGGACUCGACCUUCCACCCCUUCAAAGGGACAAGGGACUCCGAGAUCCAGUGGAUGGCGCCGCCGGUCCGAUGGGUCAAUCCCGAGCGGAAGAUCAACCUCCUUCGGAAAGAAGUGCAAGGACGGUUCCGUACGCGGACGCUACGAACCCGACAGCUGGCCGUCCUGCCGAUGGCUGCGGGGGGAAUACGUUUGCUGGUCAUCCUGCCGACGGUUUUGCCAGCACUCCGUUUGCUGGCCGUCCUGCCGACGGCGGAGCGAACAAUCCCUUUACUGGCCGGUAUGCCGACGGCAAGGAAGUGCCCCGGGUGCAACGUUCCGGUAGCGCCGGGGUACAUCUUCAAGAACUGCAACAUGUGCAGAGUGAGCGUGUGCGAGGGUUGCUUUCUACCGACGUCCACCUGUGCAAAGUGCAAUGCGAUCAUGAAUCGGACAGGGGCUCUGCCGGCCUCGGUGUUCGGUCCAACCGCUGGGCAGAUGGGGCGGACUGGUCUUCCCACUGAAGCCAGCCGAUGCAGGGACAUCACUCUUGAUCCGGAGCCCACGGCGCCGACGCUCUCGCGGUGGUUGACGGCGCUCAAGGAGGCCGCUAGGAACGCCUUUACCUAUGAUUGCACGUGCGCGCUCUCGUGGGUCAGGUCGGCUGAGGAUGCAAAAUCACUUGACGACUUGGACGUGCUGUGUGACUACCCGGCCCUAGAUGCCAGGUUGAGCUCUGCGCUCCGAGCCUGCACCCAGUCUCCAGCAUUGAAGUCAAGGAUUGACAAGCUGACCGCUGAGUCGCACAAGAAUCCUCGCCUGGGCUUCCCUAGCACGAAGAUCAUUUGGUGCAUCAUUGACCACCACAGGGCAAGUGUGCAGGGUCAAGAGACGGUCCUCAUUGGGGAGCUCUUCGGAAUGAAGAUGCCGGCCAUCACCCAGGGAGGCGGGGAAAGCCAAUUGGAGAAGUUCCUUAACUCCUGGGAGGUGGUGGAAGCGCAGAUUCAGGUUCCCAUUGACGAGCAGCUGAAAUUGCACAUUUUCUUUCAGCAGGUUAGUAAG